UGAUUUCUACACCACAGAAGAAGACGAAGAAAGGAAAGGACGUGACGUAGUCGCAGUUGAUCUAAAAUGGCGACGAUCGUGUGCUAGUCAAAACAUAACGGACGAGCUCAAAAUCCGAACAAGAUACAGAGAAAACUAUAGAAAUAUCAGCCUCUGUGUCAUUUGUUGCAUCUUAUCAAGUCGUGAUGGCGGACUGUGCGAUAGCAGACCCAGCCAUGACCGAGCAGACCAAAGUGAACUCGGAGGGCAUUGUGGGCCUGGAUGAGCCCAAGAAGAUGACCAGGGAGGACUGGAGGAAGAAGAAGGAGCUGGAGGAGCAGCGGAAGCUGGGAAACGCUCCAGCUGAGGUGGACGAGGAGGGGAAAGACAUAAACCCUCACAUCCCACAGUAUAUUUCAUCAGUGCCAUGGUACAUCGACCCAUCCAAAAGGCCCACACUAAAACAUCAGAGGCCACAGAUUGAAACUGAGCCACAGUUCUCAGCUGUUGGCGAGUGGUACAAGAGAGGAGUGCAAGAGACUGCUGUUGCCACUAAAUUUCGUAAGGGAGCUUGUGAAAACUGCGGUGCCUUAACGCACAAGAAGAAGGACUGCUUGGAGCGACCCAGAAAAGUUGGGGCUAAAUUCACCGGCACUGGCAUAGCUCCAGAUGAACACAGUCAAAUACAGCUUCUCAUGGACUACGAUGGGAAACGGGAUCGUUGGAACGGGUAUGACCCUGAGGAACACCAGCGCAUUGUGGAAGAGUACGCCAAAGUAGAUCUGGCUAAAAGGACACUGAAGGCACAGAAGCUUCAGGAUGAGUUGGCCUCUGGAAAACUGGACCAAACCGAGCGGGAACACGACAGUGAGGAUGAGGAUGAAGAUAAAUAUGCAGAUGACAUCGACAUGCCUGGUCAGAACUUUGACUCCAAGAGACGAAUCACUGUUAGGAACCUGCGUAUCAGAGAAGACACAGCUAAAUACCUGAGGAAUUUGGAUCCAAAUUCAGCAUAUUAUGAUCCAAAAACUCGAGCUAUGAGAGAGAACCCGUACUCCAACACUGGCAUGAACCCCGACGAGGUGGGGUAUGCUGGAGACAACUUUGCCCGGUAUAGUGGGGACACCAUCACCAUGGCUCAAACGCAGUUGUUUGCCUGGGAGGCCUAUGAGAGAGGCUCUGAGGUGCAUCUGCAGGCUGACCCCACCAAGCUGGAGCUGCUGCACCGGUCCUUUAAGGUCAAGAAGGAGGACUUUAAAGAGAAACAGAGGGACGGCAUUCUAGAGAGGUAUGGAGGUGAAGAGCACUUGGAUGCACCGCCGCGGGAACUGCUGUUGGCUCAGACAGAAGACUAUGUGGAGUACUCUCGUCACGGUGCUGUGUUGAAAGGGCUUGAGAAGGCUGUGGCUCGCUCCAAGUACGAGGAGGACGUGCUCAUCAAUAACCACACUUGUAUUUGGGGCUCCUACUGGAUAGACGGCUUCUGGGGAUACAAGUGUUGUCACUCCAUGGUCAAACAGAGUUACUGCACAGGAGAGACUGGAAUUGGAGUCAACACCACAGACUGUGUUCCAUUUGAAGAGGGACUCGUGGAGCAACAGGAGGAAGAACAGCCCAAGUCCCUGCUGGAAAUGCAUCGAGAUAAGAUGACGAAAGAGAAGAAGAAGAAAAAGAAGAGCAAGAAGAACAAGAAGCAUGGCUCUGACAGCAGCGAUUCAGAGGAUGAAGAGAAGAAGAAGGAAAAGCUGAAGAAGGCGCUAGAGGCGGAGGACAAGCGGGCAAAGCACUUCGAGACAAUAAUGCAGAUAGAUGAGAGGAAGCGGCCGUACAACAGCUUGCAGGAAAUAAAGGCGCCCACUGAGGAGGAGAUGGAGGCCUUCCGCAUGAAACGCUGCCGGCCAGAUGAUCCCAUGGCUUCCUUCCUCGGACAGUGACCUGCUGACCCCCCCUGAAUCUCCUCGAGGACUCUAACCAGAGCCAUAGUGCGCUGAUUGAAAAAAAGGCUCAGACUCAUAAAACUCAGCUUUAUCUUGUAAACUUGCAGCAGGAGGCUUCUGUUUUGUUACAAACAUGGUGGUGGACAUGAUGCAAUGUUUUGUUAAUUUUAUUUUGAAAAAGUUUUGUUCCGAAUGCUACGUAGGAGUAUAAUAAUUGCUUGUUUUUAUACUUAAAGAGUUCCACAUGGAAAAAAGUGAAAAUUACAGUUAGAUUUGUGAACCUCCCUCAGUCUCAACAGUAAUUUGAGGAACACAGCUACUUUUAGUGGGAUUAAUGCAUAAUUUUUAUAAUAAAAUAUGUAUUUGUCUGAAGACUUUAAGUUUAAAGGUUCAUCAUUGUCAGUGUUAAAUCAGCCUUAUGAAAUUUUGCUCAUCUUAUGAUGGACGGGCAAGUAUUGUAUGACAUUGAUCAAAUGAAACUUUUUUCUUACAAAUUCCAACAAGUUGUCUUUUACUACAAAUUAGAGUAGAUUUUGUUAGCUAGAGUGGAUAAAUGUGCAUUCUGUGCUUUCUUUAUUGCUGCAUAAAUUACAUUGGAUAUAGAUCAAGUUAUGGCUCUCAUGCCAACUUAAAGUGGACGUGCUCAUUUUCAGAUUCAUACUAUUUUUGGGAUUCUCUUUGAACAAGUUUACCUUCUUUUCUGUUCAAAACAUAAUUUUUCUCAUACUGUCUGUAUAUGGCUCUGUUUACACUGAAACGCGCCUUUUUAGUGCCUGCCAAAAGAUUUUUUUUCUGAGGAUAAAGGCAAAUCCCACCUUUUCUGCCCUUAACUACACUGAUAUUUUUACCCUUACCUUAACCAACCUCGCUCCUCAUGCCUGAACCGAACCAACCAAAUUAAC